AAGAAAACAAGUGAAGAAAAGAAAAAAAUCCAUGGACAAGGAAGAGGAGGAGAAGAAAGGGAUUUGGAGCAACUGUGACCACCAAAUACUUUUCUUUUUCUUUUUUUAUUUUUUUAUUUUUUUAUUUUUGGUAGCACAGACUACACACAGUAAAAUACAGAAAUGAGUAGCUGGGAAAUCCCAGUCUGUAAAACAGACCUCCAUUUCCAUGGCAGCAGCAGAACAAGCAGCAGAAGAAGAAGAACACCAACAAACUACCUUGAAAUUUCACAACCUACUUUUCAUAACUCUAUUUUUUUACCCAAAUUAUCAACCUCCUCAAUCUCAACAAAAUCCAAAAUUAUAGUAAACUCUUAUUCUGCUGAUAAUCCCACUAACACCCUUGAACAACAACCACCUGUCCAUUCUUGCAAGUGGAAAUGGAGGGAUUAUUCAAUCCGAUAUCAACAAUGUGGAGAUACUGGUCCUGCACUUGUUCUUGUCCAUGGCUUCGGAGCUAACAGUGAUCAUUGGAGGAAAAACCUACCAGUUUUGGGAAUAUCACACAGGGUUUACUCCAUUGACCUCAUUGGUUAUGGUUACUCUGACAAACCCAACCCUCGCAACUUCGGCCUUACUUCUUUCUAUACCUUCGAUACGUGGGCUUCCCAGCUUAAUGACUUCUGUAAUGAGGUGGUUAAAGAUGAGGCGUUCUUUAUCUGCAACUCCAUUGGAGGUCUUGUGGGGCUUCAGGCAGCAAUUAUGGAGCCACAGAUAUGCAAGGGUGUUAUGCUUAUAAACAUAUCUCUUCGAAUGCUUCACAUUAAAAAGCAGCCUCCACUCGGCAGACCUCUAAUCAAAGGCUUUCAGAGUUUACUGCGAAAUACUGGUCUUGGUAAAUUGUUUUUCAGAACAGUAGCCACACCUCAAUCUGUCAGGAACAUUCUGUGCCAGUGUUACAAUGACACAUCUCAGGUGACAGAGGAACUUGUUGAGAAAAUCCUUCUUCCUGGGUUAGAACCUGGUGCCGUUGACGUGUUUCUGGAGUUUAUCUGUUACUCAGAUGGUCCUCUUCCUGAGGAGCUAUUGCCUCUAGUCAAGUGCCCAGUACUAAUUGCUUGGGGUGACAAAGAUCCAUGGGAACCCAUUGAGCUUGGAAGAGCUUAUGGUAACUUUGAUACUGUUGAAGAUUUUGUUGCCUUGCCUGGUGUAGGCCACUGCCCUCAGGAUGAAGCACCGCAUCUGGUGAACCCGUUGGUGGAGUCAUUUGUAGAACGCCACUCUGCAACCAGGGCUGGUGUUUCUUUGGGUUCGGGAUCCACAGUGUGAGAGAAUGCUCGUCAACUGUUGAUUGUCAUUGUGUUGGUGAUGAAGAUGGUUUACUUGCUUGUGGUGCCGAGUGCUGCAGAAGUGGAUAGCAGAAGGUCUGAGACUUUAUGUUGCUUGGUGUGCAAAUCAUGAUUUUAUUAUCCUGCCUAUAUUCCUGUUAGUGUUCAGAAAACAUGUAACACACUAACACUGAGGCAUUCAGGCAGUUCUCCACAGUGGAUUAGAACAAAGGAAGCAAUAUGUUUGAUACCAAUUGAUGUUUAUAAAAACUAAUACAGUAUACAACAUUUUACAUUCCGUUCA